UUUUGACACUUCUUGCUUCUGCUUCUAUUGUAACAAAACGUCAAUUUUUUUUAUAAAAUAAAUUAUGUAAUUUUUGAAGAGAGAAAAUUUACAAUAGUUUAUAAUUGUUAUAGAUUUGAUAUUAUCGACGAAUUUGAUGAAACUAGUAACGGUUUUUGAGUUGAAACAAAGCUAAUAAAUAAUUAAAUGUAUUUGUUGACGAUGAAUCAUCAUAUCAACUGUGGAAUUGUAACUUCAUUUAUUCAGUGAUGAAGAGGUUACAUUAAAAAUUAGUUAGCUUAUCUUUAAAUGCCACGUUUAGAUUAUCAGAAAAUUUUAACGAAACAAAAAUGUUGGAGAAUUAUGAGGAUAUAACGUUUGCAAAUGUUGCGGGAUGGAUUGCAUCGGGUGCAAUGAUUUUUGGUGGUGUGGUGCCAUAUAUUCCACAGUAUAGACAAAUUAAAAAUAAAGAAGAUCCUGAAGGAUUUUCACUUUAUGUGUGUUUAGCUCUAUUAAUUGCCAAUACUCUGCGGAUCCUCUUCUGGUUUGGAAAGCGAUUCGAAUUGCCUUUAUUGUUACAAAGUAUUCUUAUGAUUAUCACAAUGCUUCUAAUGAUUAGGCUGUGUAUUAAUAUCCGUGCCAAAAAUCAAAUUAUAAAAUCCAGGGAAAGAGUUUUUACUGAUAUGGACAUUAAAUUCUUUUGGAAAUGGACAGACUUCCAAUCGUAUCUCAACUUUAUCCUGAUCUUUGGAAUGGUCUGUGGAGCUUUAAUGUACCUCUUCCUGGAUGUUCCUAUUUUCGUUGAGGUAGUGGGAUUGUUGGCUGUAUUAACUGAGGCAAUGUUGGGCGUACCUCAAUUUAUACGCAAUUGCGGUAAUAAGUCAACGGAAGGCAUGAGUGUUGUGAUGGUGAUGAUGUGGACUUGUGGCGAUACAUUUAAAACUUGCUAUUUUAUACAUCGUGAAGCACCAAUUCAAUUUGGUAUUUGUGGAGCGCUUCAAGUUUUAAUUGAUGUAUCAAUACUUCUGCAGGUCUAUCUUUAUCGCACUAAUUCAAAUAUAUCGAGAAAUGUUACUAGGACAGAUUGAAUCGAGAUGCCAAGCAGAGAGUCUGCAUUGUUACCAAAUGAUAAUAUACCUGAAGUCGAAGCUAAUCCCGAAACUAAUGUUGAUUCUUCUUAAUUAAUAUUAAGAUAAGAUAAGAUAAUUAUCAAUUAUUGACGAUAAUAAUGCCUCGUUUCAGCGGCAUUCUUGUAAUAUAAAAACGGAACUCUUUUUUAAACUAUUGUGAGAUAAGAUUUCCAAUUGUUUUUAUUUUUAUUUUUUUUUGUAUUUUUUUAUGUAUUUUAAUCAGUUUGAUAUAUACAUAUACUCUCCAACUAUACAUUAGGAAAUCUAGUCUACCAAUUAAUUAGUGAAUAGGACUUUUUAAACGCUUUUCUCAGUUAUUGAUGUAAGAGAAAAUAUUUUAGUGAAAAAGGAAAAAGAGAAAGAAAGAAAUGUCAUUUGUGAUAAAGCACAAAGUUGCGAGUUUUUAACGAUUUCUUGAAAAUUGAUUUUUUUCGAGAAAUCUUGUGAAUUAAACGUCUUAUGCAUUUGAAUUUUUAGAUAAAUUGUCUACGGAUAAAAAACUAUAGGAAUAAAUGUAUAUAUAUAUACAAUAAAUAUUUAUUGUUGUAAUUUUUA